CAAAAACGAAAACAAUAAAACGAGCUGCAGCAUAAACGGCAAUACCAAAAAAAUGCAUUCAUUUGGGUACAGAGCCAACGCUCUGUUAACGUUCGCCGUAACCAUUGUCGCCUUAAUGUGCGCCAUCGCUUCUCUAUCUGACAACCUUAACACUCCCUCUCCGACUGCUGAAAUCCAGGUAGUGAAUAUUAAUUGGUUUCAAAAGCAGACGCAUGGAAACGAUGAGGUCAGCCUGACAUUGAAUAUAACCGCCGAUUUGCAAUCUCUGUUUACAUGGAACACCAAACAGGUUGAUUGUCCAAGUUUUCUUUAUCUCUUUUCAUGUAGAGGCUUUAAUAGUUAUUUGCUGAUUAAAAGUGCUCUUCCAAGGUGUUUUUAG